CCCUGAUGCUGCUGCUGUUGCUGCUGCUGCAGGAGCCACAACAAGGAGCAGCAACUACAGCAACUAACUAGAGCCUUGGCUGCUGCAGGAGCCCCGACACGUGUGUCCCCGGGGCGCCAUGGAGUUCGAGGAGCUGGGGAUCCGGGAGGAGUGCGGGGUUUUCGGGUGCAUCGCCUCCGGGGUCUGGCCCACCGAGCUGGACGUGCCCCAUGUCCUCACCCUGGGGCUGGUGGGGCUGCAGCACAGGGGCCAAGAGAGUGCUGGGAUUGUGACAAGUGAUGGAGAGUCAGCUCAGUCAUUCAAAAUGCACAAGGGAAUGGGUCUUGUUAAUCAUGUGUUCAGUGAAGAUAGUCUGAAAAAGCUGUAUGUUUCAAAUCUUGGAAUUGGCCACACAAGAUAUUCAACAUCAGGAGUCUCUGUCUUGGAUAACUGUCAACCAUUUGUUGUGGAAACACUGCAUGGGAAGAUUGCUGUAGCUCACAAUGGAGAGCUCACAAAUGCUGUGCGGCUGAGGAGAAAGCUAAUGCGCCAUGGUGUGGGACUCUCCACAAGUUCUGACAGUGAACUGAUCACUCAGCUGCUGGCAUUCACCCCUCCUUUAGAGCAAGAUGACACACCAGAUUGGGUAGCAAGGAUCAAAAACCUCAUGAAUGAAACACCCACUUCAUACUCAAUUUUGAUGAUGCAUAAAGAUAUAAUCUAUGCAGUACGUGACCCCUAUGGGAACCGACCUCUCUGCAUUGGCCGUCUUGUUCCAGUAGGGGACAUUAUCUUAUUGUUGUACUCAUUUCAUUUCCAGGGAAAAAACUAUGCUGAAACUGAAGGAUGGGUAGUGUCUUCAGAAUCCUGCAGCUUUUUAUCUAUUGGUGCAGAAUAUUACCGUGAAGUUAUGCCAGGAGAGAUCUUGAAGAUAUCUAGAAAUGAGGUCCAGACCCUGGAUGUUGUACCAAGGCCUGCAGGAGAUCCUACAGCAUUUUGUAUUUUUGAAUAUGUGUAUUUUGCACGGCCUGACAGCAUUUUUGAAGGUCAAAUGGUGUAUUCUGUAAGAAGGAGAUGUGGUCAACAGCUUGCUAUUGAAGCCCCAGUUGAAGCAGAUUUGGUUAGCACAGUUCCAGAAUCUGCAACACCUGCAGCUCUUGGCUAUGCACAAAAGUGUGGAUUACCAUAUAUUGAAGUAUUGUGCAAAAAUAGAUACGUGGGAAGAACUUUCAUUCAGCCAAAUAUGAGGUUAAGACAACUUGGAGUAGCCAAAAAGUUUGGAGUCUUGUCAGAUAACUUCAAAGGGAAGCGUGUUGUCCUCAUUGAUGAUUCUAUUGUACGAGGCAACACCAUUUCACCCAUAAUUAAACUAUUGAGAGAAUCUGGUGCUAAAGAAGUACAUAUUCGUGUUGCUUCACCUCCAAUAAAAUUUCCUUGUUACAUGGGAAUAAAUAUUCCAACAAAAGAAGAACUUAUUGCUAACAAGCCUGAAUUUCAUGACUUGGCCAAUUACAUAGGAGCUGACAGUGUUGUUUAUCUUUCUGUAGAAGGACUGGUUUCUUCUGUACAAGAAAGUAUCAAAGCAAAACAAGACAAUGAAAACAGCCUGAAGACUAACAAGUUCCGGGCUGGAAAAAUUGGUCAUUGCAUAGCCUGCCUUGUUGGAAAAUAUCCUGUAGAACUAGAGUGGUGAAUUUUACAAAUGCAAUUGCCAAUCAUUUAAAAGUUCAGAACUGAUGAAAUGUAUCAUUGUCAAGCAAGUUAUCAAACCACUGAUAUUUUAGUUAACCACUAGGUAGGUUGAAGAACACAGAAGAACUAAGGAUAAAAAAAUUAAAUCAUACGGUACAAUGAACAGUAACAUUGCAGCUUUGUGGUUGGAGAUGGGUUACCAAAGUCUCUUGUUUCCUUAGCCACCCUAGUCUCACCAAGACACUUGGAGCUCUUCUCAGGCUUUUAUUUGUAAUAGUAGUUUCUUAGGAAUAACAUUGUGAGAGAGGCUGUGAGCCAUUAAGCCUUCUCAAAAUUGAAGCCUUGAUCAUUCAGAAGAAUUUUAUAUAAAAUACAAAUUCUUAUGUUUUAGCUGUUUUCAUAUACAUUUUUAAUCAGCUGUUUGGAGUCUACAUUUUGAAAAAAAUGAAGUAAAUGUCUGUAUUUUUGCUUAUAUAACUAAAUCCAUCUAUUAUAACUUGAUUCCAAAGAGACCGAAUGUUAUUUUUGUACAGUGUAUUUCUGAGACUGCAAGAUUCAGGGAAAUACUAAACCAAAACUCUCUAAUACCUUCAGCCUUAAUGAUUUGAAGUCUGGAAAAUACACUGCCCUAAAGUGCUUUUGUUGUAUGUUAGAGGGAUGUGACAGGGAAAAUUAGAUAGAUGGAUAACCAACUUCAGUGCUAUAAUUUAGAGAUUAAAGGCUAAUAAUUUUCUCCAUUAUGUGCUUUCACCUUGAAUGCUUACUUAACUAAAGUGUGAGUUAAUGUUUUUAUUUGCAUGUAAGCCUUCAGAGAAGACUCCCAUCACUGAAAUAUACAGACUUAUUGUAAUGGAGAAUUUUAACAAAUGUAGUGCUUUAAAUUUAAUAUAUAGUAUUGCUUUCCUUAACACUUCUAUGGCUUUUGUUAAUGUGGUAGUUUUUGUGUCUUGGUAGUUAUACAAAUGCUAACCUGGCCAUUUGUUAUAUGAACUAGAAUUGCAAACAAUUCUAACCUGAUUCAAAAAUGAUUACUGCUGCUUCUUGGUCUCUGUAUAUGUGUAUUCUGUACAUACAUCUCUCUAGCUGACAGCAAGAGAUAUAACAGUGUAGAACUAGAUAACUAUAAUGGAGAGAAACCCACUCUCAUGCUCAGUGUGCAUGCUCAUGUAGGGCUUCCACUUUCACAUUCAAUUCCUUUUUUACCACCUCAGCAGUAUGGGCACUGUCCACCUAAAUGCACAGUCUGGCUGCAUUUUAUAUUUUCUCUUUCUCUCUGUAGUAAAGGUCCAGUGGACAAGGCAGGUGAAGAAUAGAAGAGCAUGCUAGCUGGAAAAGCCCUACUCAUCAUUUGAUUCCAUUUGUGAGCAUUAAGAGUGGGGUGGUUAAAAACGAGUCUUGACCCUAAAGUUGUUUCUUACGCGCGCACACACACAACCAACCCACCUUCCAUGCUCUAUAGAUAAUCCUGUUUUUGCCUCCUUGUAAAAGACAAUGAAUUGCCUGUGCUGGAAACCUCCAGGACUGGCAGUGCACCUUUUUAAAUUACUUGCAUGGCCUCCUACAGAAACUGAUAUUAAAAAACACCAACAGUUUCUAACACAAACCACCAACACUAGCAACUUGUGCAGUUAUGGUUUUGCUCUUCUUCUGUUUUUAUUGAAAUGCAUAUUGAAAUGAACUGUGAAUCAACGGAAGAAAAAAUUGAGCAUCCAAUAAGAAAAUACAGCUCCAAAGUUGAGAAGAUCUUCUCUCCUCCUCAGAUGGGGUCCAUAGCCUAUUACAGUUUUAGAAACACCAUUUAAGAUGGUGAAUGUUUCAGUGUAACAAAAAAACCCCUUUCAAAAAGAGUUCCUAGUGCUUUAAGAAUUCCUAAUAUACAGGAUUUGUUUUAAAAAUCAUGCAAAGGACUUGACAAGUAUUGUAGACUGUUGUAUGGUAUGGAUUUUUAAAGUACAUAAUAAAUUUAUUUACUUA